AUGAUAACAGCAUGUGCUUCUGUACAGAUUUGGGAAAAUGAUGAUCUACCAAAUCAAAUAUGCAACGAAUGUUUUCUUCAAUUACAAAAUACUAUCAAUUUUAAACAGUUAUGUGAAAAUUCUGACAAUACAUUCCGACAAAUUAUUGAACAAAAUACAAACAAUUUCGUGAAAAAUGAAGGAUUAGAUGAUCUAAAUUAUCCAACUUUUGUAAAAGAAGAAAGUGAUAGUGAAAAUGUAUCAAAUCAAAAUAAGGAUGAUUCAAAAAAAUCAAAACAGAACAAUUUUCAUGACGAAGAAUUGGUGGAAAUUAAAAAUGAAGAUAAACCAGAAUUGAAUAGAAUAAAAACAAGGAAGAAAACCAUUCAAUAUAAAUUCGAAGAGGAAAGUGAUGGCUGUGAAAAUGAUGAAAAUGAUUCUAAUUAUGAUAGUGAAAGUGAAAAAUCUGAAUUAGAAGAAGCACCGCAGACAAAUGAUUAUAAAUGUGAAACUUGUUCAAAGUCGUUUAAAAAAGUCGAUGCACUUGGUGUACAUAUGAAAAAAAUGCACAAUGCAGAAGGUGUUAAAUGUGAAAAAUGUUCUCUUAUCUGUUAUCAUCCAUUACAUUUACGUGCUCAUGAAAAAUCCCAUAACAAGUGUCGUAUUUGUAAUUUAACAUUUUCAACACGAAAGAAAUUAACACAACAUAAAUUAACUCAUGAAAACGAUGACAUCCCCGAGAUAACGUGUAAAAUGUGUUCGGCAAAAUUACCAAGUAAAGACUCUUUAUACAGACACAUGCGAUUUAUACACAAAAUUGAGAAAAUAAGAAAGAAUCCAAAAUGUGAUAAAUGUGAAGAAACAUUCAAAACGAAACGAAUUUUAGAAAAACAUAUGCGAAAAAUGCAUCCAAAAAUCAAAACCCCGUUCCGAGAUCAACUUGUGAAUUGUGAAGUUUGUGGUAAAUCAUUACGUCGACGUAAUCUACGUUACCAUAUGACAACACAUGGCGAACGUGAUAAACUGAAUUGCCAAUAUUGUGAUAAAAUAUUUGUAUCACGAGAAACACUCACGGGUCAUGUGCAAGCUUAUCAUACAGGUUCGGGUCCGGUUUAUAAACAUUUGUGUAAUCAAUGUGGACUUAAGCUACGAUCGACUUAUCAUUUAAAUAAGCAUUUAUUAACGCAUACGAAGGAACGUCCUUACGCUUGUGAUAAAUGCGAGAAAACAUAUCGUACGGUAUUUCAAUUAAAAGUUCAUACAUCACGUAUUCAUUUGAAUGAACGUAAUUUUGUUUGUACGUUCUGUUCUCAAGCCUUUUUUGAUAAGAAAAUUUUGUUACAUCAUGUAAGACGUCAUACUGGUGAAAAACCAUUUAAAUGUCACAUGUGUGAUAAAAGUUUUAUACAAAAAGUUGCUUUAAAUGUUCACAUGAAAGUACAUACGAAUUCAAUUUAAAAAGAGUACAAAUAAGGGAAAGACUUUAUAACAAUGAUAAAACAUAAGAAGUGUACCGCAAAUGGGUCGCUAGCACUCACACCAAGGGGGCCUCUGUGCCUUCUUUGAGAACAAUCUGUCACCCGAAGGCGACACACUUCAGGAUAAGAGAUGCCGCGUAGAAUGCCCACAUCUUCUUCGCCGGGAUUCUUCUCAUCUUCUUCUGUCUAUUAAUGCAUCAAUACGAAACGAAACAGUCCCUCUAGUGAGAGUAGCAGAUGGUGAACUAAUUUUUAAU